CAGUGUCGCCCCUACCUCACUUGGUCGGUCUCGGCAACAGCUGUAGUGCAUGACGUUUCUAGUUAUCUAGUUCACGCUCGAAUCCUGAAAAUGCCCUAGCUCUAACCUGGAUUCGAGGCCAAAAAUGUGCCAUCCUCUUGGUCCGCUCUUGCCAUUGUGUGUUCAUGGGUGCGGUAGAGGUGCAUUGGACAACGAAGAGGAAAUGGAGGCCUUGGUUAUGAAUCCUGAGGCUCAAGGGGCUAAGGCAUCUGAAAUGACUCCUCGAUAUGGCACAGCAAACUCUGAGGUUUCUGAUCCUGGCUAUGGUGAUGCUGGCUAUGGCACAAAUCAGGGGGCUUCACCAAGCUCAAGCAAUCCUCCUUGCCCAGAAAUCUGCACUGACCAAGAAGUUGAAAGGAUGCAGCGUCGACUUCGGUUUUUCUUCAUGAAUCCGAUUGAGAAGUGGCAUGCCAAGCAGAGAUUCCCCUACAAGUUCCUCAUCCAAGUCAUCAAAAUUGUUUUGGUGACCACCCAACUGUGCAUCUUCGCCCAUAGUAGAUACAAGCAUGUGAAUUAUGCUUGGGACAACAGAGUUACAUUCUCACAUCUCUUCUUAAGAGGGUGGGAUACUACAAGAGAAGUUAAUUCAUAUCCACCAGCUGUUGGCCCCUUAGCCCUGUAUGUAAAAGAAGACUUUUAUCAUACUUUGGACUACGCAGUAGCAGGGUACCGGAAGUUAUCUGAUGCAAUUGGUCCGUAUUCCUAUGACACGGAUGAUAACCACAUUGGUUCCCCUUUACUCUCUUUGUAUGAGUACAAAGAGGGUGUUAUUUAUGGCUUUAAUGAAAGCUACCAAUUCAAUAGUGAAAUUGAUAGGCAUGUUAUCAACCUUACAAUAUCUUCAAAUGCCUCUUUCUCUAGCAAGGAAUACUUAAUUUCCAAGAACAUGGUUGUGAACUUUUCUGCUUUAGUGAGAGCUUCACUUGAAUUUUCUGUCAAGACUGUAAAUUUCAAAGCUGCUGGUGCCAUAACUCCUCCUGAUUGUUAUCGUUUUGAUGUCAAGAUUGACAUGGACAAUGGAGAUCAGGAUGGUCAAAUGCUGUUAUCAUUAGAAGCUGAGCCAAUGAGACUUGUAUGUCAGGGUGAUGUAGAAUACAUCACUGACAAUCGUCUAGACUACAUUCUUGGCAGUAUUUUGAACUGUUGUGUCAUAAUAGUGUGUCUUCUUUCUCUCAUACUGUGUGGAAGAGCAAUUUACAGAGCCCAACAACUGAAAAAUGAGACAAUCAGAUUCUUCAAGAAUGUCUAUGGCACAGUGCUCAGCCGGGAGGGGAGAUUGGAAUUUUUGAAUCUGUGGUAUCUUAUGAUCAUUGCCAAUGAUAUAUUGAUCAUUUUUGGCUCAGCGAUCAAAGAGCAAAUUGACCGUAAGCAACUGGCAGGAGACCAGUGGAAUAUCUGCAGUGUUUUCCUGGGCACAGGGAAUCUACUUGUGUGGUUCGGUGUGCUGAGGUACUUGGGUUUCUUCAAAACAUACAAUGUGGUCAUUUUGACUUUAAGAAAUGCUGCACCAAAAGUUGCCCGAUUUUCUCUGUGUGCUCUAUUGAUAUAUGCUGGAUUCACAUUCUGUGGAUGGCUAGUUCUAGGGCCCUACCACAUCAAGUUUCGUUCCUUGGCUAGUACCUCUGAGUGUUUGUUUGCCCUCAUCAAUGGUGAUGAUAUGUUUGCUACUUUUUCCAUCAUGCCCCUCAAGUCUCCAAUGCUCUGGUGGUAUUGUCGCUUUUAUCUAUACUCAUUCAUUAGUUUGUACAUAUAUGUUGUCCUAUCUCUCUUUAUUUCCAUCAUUAUGGAUGCUUAUGAAACCAUCAAGCUGUACUACAAAGAGGGCUUUCCGAAGAGUGAUGUCCAAGCUUUCAUGGCCUCUUGCACAGAUGAAGCAUCAAGUGGAGUGUUCCGCAGUGGUUCCUUUUCGACCUCUGAGUCUGUCCGCUCCUGGUUUGACAAGUUAUUCUGUCGAAUACCUCUGAGGAAGCCUUUCAGUGGUACAACAGGGAGCCGUUUUAUGUAAAAAUGAUUUUUAUGGAGUUGCCAACAUUGUGAUAUUCCAUUUUGAAGUCAUGCAUCUCAUUUUGCUUUUAAAAGCUCUUGUGGCUUUCAGCUGUCCUAAUCAUUAAUUUCCCAAAUAUAGCCGCAACUAGCCAAUUUUAGUUACAAGUUUUAA